UUAUUUAUUUUUUGCUGGAAAAAUGGCAGACGAAGCUCAAUCACCUGUUUUAGCGGAAAAAAAUAUCACAGAAGAUGAAGCAGAGAAAGCACACCUUCAUUCGUUGGUGACGGAAUUAGCUCAAGAUUAUUCUAAAUAUUUAAAAGUUGAUGCAUCGUCUGAGAAAGCAACAUUGGACAAUGACGUAGAGGAUAUUUUGACAAGAUUAGAUGAAUUCACAUCACUUGUUGAUAUGGUGAGAGGAGACAAUGCAUUAUGUCUGAAUGCAACCCUUCCUGAAAUCCACAAAAAAUGUGAUGAAAUGGAAAAGGUCUUCCAGAAAAUCGACAGAUUGGAGCAAAUGAUUCAAGUUGUUAAGCAAAAUUUGGAUCAGAUGGAAGAAAAAGUUGCUGAAGCAGAAGAGCACCUAGACAGCAGCUCCAUGAAAAAAAUAUUCAGUUCUUUGCAGAAGCCUCUUUUUUCUAAAAAGCCCGGUGAAUCCAAAAAGCACAUAAAAUAUGAACCUCCGAAGAUAUUCAGCACAGAAGAGUUCUUCCCAAAUUCCCAGCCAGUUUCGCCGUCAGCUGAGAAGAGUCCCAGUGUUGAACAAACAUAAUCUUAACGUCUAACUUAAACUAUAGCAUUAGUUUGUUAUUCUAUUUAUUUGGAUUUUGUAACUUUGUCUGCCACUUUUGAAAAGUAUUUUGAAUAAGAUAUUUUCAAAAAUCAAUAAUGCAUGUGGAACCAUGCAUCCACUGCAAAAUGAUCUAGUAUCGUAAAGUUUUAGAUGAUAAAGGGUCCAAUUCAUAAAAUAUGAAACAUUCAAAUGCAGUUUAAAAAACAGCAGAUUACCGUUAACUCAACACCAUGCAUAUUGCACCAGUGUUGAAUUUUGAGGUAUAUGAAAAAAUCAACUAUAUUGUUUCCCGGGAUGCAUAAUAAAUAAGUCAUGCAGUGGUUGUAUUAACCCUUAAAUUUUCUUUUUUAAAAACUAUUUUUAAAAUGUUCUUUGGCUUUUAUUUCUUUUUAAAAUCAUGUGAAAAAUAUUUAAAAAAAUAUUUUAAUUUGUUUGGUCCAUGGUUCAAAAACCAUUAGACAACAUUGGGCUUUAACUGUAAAACAAAUGUUUUACUGUCAAAUAUCUCACAACAUUUUUGUUGUAAUUAAAAUGUUUCUAAUCACAAUUGAAAAAAAAAAAUAGUCCUGAAACCAUUGAUAAUGCAUUUGGUAUCAUAUUUUGAGUGCCAUCAAGUUUGAAUUUUUAUAAAGUAUUAUAUGAGCACAAUUGCUGUGUGUUGAGUAGUUCUGUUUCUCUAAUCUGUGAUAUUUAUUCAUUGUUUGUUUUUCUCGUUAGUUUUGAAAAGAGCAAUGCAAAUUUAAAUUGACGCUUAAAAAUGAAAUCUGAUGUAGCGAGAUUUUUAGUUAUUUUUUUUUUCCACCAGAGCAAUUGUUUUGAUUGAACUGUAAAGAUGCUUUUUAAGUGACUGGCAACAGUUUUUAAGGAUGUAAUAAAGCUCAUGCAAAAGUAUCCAAUAAUAUGUACAUAUGCCAAGUUCAGUGAAUUAUUUUUAAUGAUUGUUAAUUUACAAUGUAAAUAAAUAUCAUUCUUUCUUA